GGUCUGUUAGGUCGGCACUAGGACCCAGGAGGCAGCGCUCUCGCCCUAGCAGAACUCUUCAGUCUGAAGCCGAGACAAAGGCAGUGCGAGCUUGUCUCUCUAUCCUACAGCAUCCACACCCUCUCGGCAGCACUAGGCACUCUGAUAUCUACAAAAAUCCAACAGCCCCCCAGUCACUCCGCACCAUCCUGUUUCUGAGUUUGUAACCAUGGAGCUGGACUUUGGACACUUCGAUGAACGGGACAAAAGCUCCCGAACCUCCCGAGGAUCCCGAAUGAACGGGCUGCCGAGCCCCACCCACAGCGCCCACUGCAGCUUCUACCGCACGCGCACCCUGCAGACCCUCAGCAACGAGAAGAAAGCCAAGAAGGUGCGCUUCUACCGCAACGGGGACCGCUACUUCAAGGGCAUCGUGUACGCCGUGGCUACUGACCGCUUCCGCACCUUCGACGGGCUGCUGGCUGACCUGACCCGCUCCCUGUCCGACCACAUCAACCUGCCGCAGGGCGUCCGCUUCAUCUUCAGCAUCGACGGCACCACCAAGAUCGCUUCCAUGGACGAGCUGGAGGAAGGGGAGAGUUACGUGUGUGCGUCCGAGAACUACUUCAAAAAGGUUGACUACACCAGGAAUGUCAACCCCAACUGGUCGGUGAACGUCAAGGCCUCAGCCGCCACUCAGAAAGGCCUGCAGUCGCUGGCCAGCGGGAAGGGCAGCGAGAUGAAGGAGAGCAAGGACUUUGUGAGGCCCAAGCUGGUGACGGUGAUGCGGAGCGGGGUGAAGCCGCGCAAGGCCGUGCGGGUCCUUCUCAACAAGAAGACGGCUCACUCCUUCGAGCAGGUCCUCACAGACAUUACAGAGGCCAUCAAGCUGGAGAGCGGAGUGGUCAAGAGGAUCUACACACUCGAUGGCAAACAGGUGACAUGCCUUCAAGACUUCUUCGGGGAUGAUGAUGUCUUUAUUGCAUGUGGGCCAGAAAAGUUUCGUUAUGCCCAAGAUGACUUUUCCCUGGACGAGAACGCACACUUUUCCCCGGGGGGAACCAAACCCAAAACACCCCAGGGGGGUUAUAACCAAGAAUGCCGAGUGAUGAAAGGAAGCACUUCGAAAGGAGGCCCAUCCUCCCAGAGAAGCUCAGCUAAGAGUCCUGGACCCACACGACGCAGCAAGUCUCCAGCUGAAUCCACCAAUGGCACCUCCAGCAGCCAGCUGUCCACCCCCAUUUCAAAGCAAUCUCCCAUCUCAACACCCACCAGCCCCGGCAGCCUUCGCAAGCACAAGGACCUGUAUCUCCCUCUCUCAUUGGAUGACUCUGACUCACUGGGCGACUCGAUGUAAUUAAGAAGCGACCUUAAGCUACUGAAGCAGAAGAAAAAAAAAAAAAAAACAUAAAGUCAAGUUCCGAUCUGUCCUGCUAAUCGCAGAGAGUUCUGUGGUGCUUUAACUUUGAAAACACCAAAAUGAAGUAUGAAGCAGAUUUUCUGUGGUGCUUUAACUACACCAAAAUGAAGUAUAAAGCAGAUUUUUCUUUGUGGUUUGUCCUUGUGUGUCACACACUGAGACUGCCUGGCUACAGUAACGCGCUGCCUGUGAAGUAAUUAGCUGCUGAGAAUUCAUUCACAUUAAUUGGAGUUCUUUACAGGAUCCGGCUGCAGUUUUAUACGUGCUGUGUGAGCCCUGAGCCGAUUCAGCUAACUCUUUCAUAUGCCAUUUAAUUCAGCUCUGAGGGGAAUCUGAGCUUCACUCAAUUUCACACUGUUAUUUAAACUUUAUUAAGAUUGAACUAGGCAAAUGUGUAAAAAAAACCCCAAAAAAACAACAUUCAUUUUGAAAGUACUAUAUAAAAUAUAAUUGCUACUUCCACUAAAAUUAUAAAAUUAUCAUUCCAUUUUUAUUUUUUAUUUGUUUUAAUUAUUCAUAGUUGUCCUUUUAAAAA